UGGAGAGAGCUGAGGUGGGAUAAAUGGGGGAGGGGGCAGGAACAGUUGUGUAAUAGUUCUACUGAAACUGACUGAAACACAGAUGUUGCUUUGUAUCUGGUGGCUGGGGGAUGUGUCAUCAGCAGCAGAGUGAAGUAACUCUGUCCUGCAUCGUGGGAACGGUCCACCUGUCUGCUGGUGGUAUUAAGAGACGAGGAGAUCUGAUGCCUGAACACUCUUGUGGUCUGGACACACAGACAAGAUGAGAGGUCUCUGGUUGGUGUUGGUGCUUGUGGCUGCAGCUGCAGCUGAGAGGGUUUUCACUGGAGAUCAGGUCCUAAGAGUCAAUGUGCGGUCGGAGGAAGAUCUCCAACUCCUGCGGGCCAUGGAGACCCAAGAGGAGUGGGAGCUGGACUUUUGGCUGCACCCAGUCUCUACUGAGCUUCCUGUCGACAUCCGAGUGCCACGCUCCAGUUUGAGCUCCGUGAAGGAGUACCUCCAGGCCCAUGCCAUCCCUUUCACCGUCGUGAUUGAAAACAUGCAGGAGGUUCUUGAUGAGGAGAAAGCUGAGAUGGAGAUGAACCGGAUGCAGGAGCGCAGCACCAGGAGCUUCAACUUUGGAGCCUAUCAUCCUCUUGAGACAAUCUACAGCUGGAUGGACACGCUGGUGGCUCAGUACCCUCAGCUGGUCACCAAAGAGGAGAUUGGGCGAUCCUAUGAGAACAGGCCCAUGUACGUGCUCAAGUUCAGCACUGGAGGCACCAAGCGUCCUGCUAUCUGGAUCGACACAGGAAUCCACGCUAGGGAAUGGGUGUCACAGGCCACCGGAGUGUGGACAGCUAACAAGAUUGCCAGUGAAUACACCACAGAUGCUUCCCUCACCUCCCUCCUGAACACCAUGGACAUUUACAUGCUGAUCCUCACCAACCCUGACGGCUACGCUUACACCCACACCAACGACCGUAUGUGGCGUAAGACCCGCUCCAGGACCUCAGGCUCUGCGUGCCGUGGAGUCGACCCCAACAGGAACUGGGAUGCUGGAUUUGGGGGUCCUGGCGCCAGUAAGAGCCCCUGCUCCGAUUCCUACCACGGCCCCUCAGCUCACUCCGAGAUCGAAGUAAAGAACGUGGUGAACCUGAUCAAGAGCCACGGCAACUUCAAGUCCUUCAUCUCCGUCCAUGCCUACUCCCAGCUGCUCAUGUACCCCUACGGUUAUUCCUGUAGAGCCGUGCCCCAUCAGCAGGAGCUGGACUCUAUUGGCAGAGUUGCAGUGGAGAAACUCGCUGUUCUUUAUGGCACCAAGUACAAAGUGGGAAGCAUCUGCAACAUCAUCUAUCAAGCCAGUGGUGGCAGCAUUGACUGGUCCUACGAUGUGGGCAUCAAAUACUCCUUUGCCUUUGAGCUGAGGGACACGGGUCGCUUUGGUUUCAUUCUGCCGGCCAAUCAGAUCAUUCCCACCGCCUCCGAGACCUGGCAGGCCCUGAAAUAUAUCAUGGGAUAUGUCCGUGACCAUCCUUAUUAAUGACUAAUGUAUGAACAUGAAUAGAGUAUACAUCAUUACUCAGUAUUCUACACGGAUGUAUGACAUCUGACUUCAAGACUGACCAAUAAAGUCACAAAUACACUAUAA